GGGCUCCAAAAGUUGAUGAAAUAUAGAUAAGGAGUUUUAAAACUGCUUGUUGCGUCAUCACUUGACGGGAUCAAUCUCCAGGUCACCCUCCAUGCGAGUGAAGCGGCGGCGAGGCCGCGCCCAUCAGCGUGAAAUCCCCUCAUACCAGAAUCCGGCCUCUUUACAAUCAGCUUCUAUCCAGAAAACGAUUGAAGAACGGAUAUCCACCAUUGCAACGACGCCAGAGAAAGAGUUAUGUUCGGUACUGCAAGAGUUAGUCAAGGCCUGUCUGAUACGAAAGAAUGCCACAUACCAGCAUGAUCUUAUCUUCCACGGUUUACAGCGACUCCUGGGUGGUCGGCUCCCACGUAUCAACCAGGUUCGGGCUCUUCGACGAAUUGUUUUUCGCCAUGGGGAUACUAUUGUCUCUGCUAAGACUGGUUUUGGGAAGAGCAUCAUCUUCCAUGCUAUCCCAAUCUUUAUUGGAAGAAUUGUCAUUCAGUUGAUUCCUUUAAGCAAGCUUGGAGAGGAGCAGAAGCGGUCGAUUGAACAGUUACCAGAGGCCAGGCCUUGCCUUGUUACAGCGGAGACCAAGCACACGAAUCCGAACCUGUACAAGGAGAUUGCAGCUGGGUUAUAUACCCAUAUCUUGAUGGGUCCUGAGCAAGCAGUUAGCGAUGAGUUUCGUGAUUUGCUGUUAAAUCCUGAUGUAAAGAAUAAGAUUGGCGUGGUUGCAAUUGACGAGCUCCAUGUUAUGGAGCAAUGUGGAAUCGAUCUUCCCACGAGCGCAGCAAAGGAUUCCAAUUCCAGCUGGGGUGAUCAUUCCUCAAGAAGCGCAGUGGGCUAUUGCUCGUAUGUAUACCUGUGUGAAGAACUCAACGAUACCUAUACCAAAUCAGGAGGCAUUGUCAGCCCUCUUUGAUAUCGAAAACUGGGAAUAUCAGAAUACCCUCCUCGAUCCUUUCCUGGUAUUCCUUGUCCAGAUUGUUCCAGACGUAUACUCGAAGCACGACGCGAUACUAGAGGAACGAAAGUACAAGAGGAACAUUA